AUGCACUCGCUUGUUGGUCUUGCCGGAGGUGCUACGCGGGCCGCUGUCACGCAGCACCAAGCCCUCCAGAACAAUAUGGCCGACGUUGCCGCAAAGGAUGCCAGUCAAGAAACCCUGUCAAAUUUCCUCGCCCUCCUUUUAAACUUUAUCCUCGUCUACCUGGUCACGGGCAACUGGCUGCUCAUUUGGCUGACCUUCUGGAUCUUGACACCACUUCACCUCUAUGCGAAUUGGCGAGCCGUUCGCUGUUUGCAAUUUCGCACCUUAAAUAAGGCCAGAUUUCAUAUUGUCACUCAGGAUUGGCUUACUCGUAUGUCUACUGGGCAGCACAUAGAUAAGCCCCUGCCCUCCGUGCAGGAAGUCAACCACCUUGAACGCAUAGUCAGCAUACCCUUUGUGACUUCGUAUGGUUUCUCUGUCCGCUUGGGCUGCAGUUUCACGUCGCUUUCACGCGCUGCUGGGUAA